UGUCGCGGCACGGCAGACGGCACCGCCCUCCGCACCCAACCACAAUUCCUGCUCCGGCACCCCCUUCUCCACCCUUCUCUCCUCUCUUUCCCUCCCCCCUCGUCGCCGGCGAAACUCCCCGGAUCCAUCCGUCCCUCUGUUCCAUCGCCACCCUCUCCACCUCCAAGGGUUUAAUUCCGAGGGUGACUUUCCCAGCAUCUCCAGCCUGCCUCCGGCGUAAUUCCAUUCCGCGUCUUCGAUGCGUGGUGGGCGCAACACGCUCUGCAUUGGAUCUCUGCUCUAGUAUUGCUCUGCAAAGAUUGCCCGGCUGUGGAUCCGGGCGUGCUCUAUGAGUUCAAACUGCGCACAAACCACCGAGGGUCUUGGCGCACCGGUUUCUGGCCAGCCGGCUAGGAUGCAGCAGGUUCAGCACACGGUUCAGACGCACGGAUAUGGACUGGCCAGAAAGCACACAUACGACUGGGUCGUUCUUAUUCUCCUAGCCACGGUCGUGGUCGUCUUGCAUUAUGCUCCCCCGUUUAACCGGUUCGUCGGGAAGGAUAUGAUGACUGAUAUUAGGUACCCGGUGAAACCAAGUACUGUGCCAGCAUGGGCUGUUCCUGUAAUCUCUAUGCUGUGCCCUGUGCUUGUCUUCAUAGCACUGUAUGUUGCUAGAAGAGACGUCUAUGAUCUUCACCACGCAACACUAGGUGUUAUUUUUGCUGUGCUGAUCACUGCCGCUUUCACUGAUGUGAUAAAGAAUGCUGUGGGGAGACCUAGGCCAGACUUCUUUUGGCGGUGCUUUCCUGAUGGAAGGCCGGUAUAUGAUCAAGUGACAGGUGGUGUGAUCUGCCAUGGCGAGAAAGGUUUCUUAACCGAUGGGCGCAAGAGUUUUCCUAGUGGACACACGUCGUGGUCUUUUGCUGGACUUGGAUUUUUGUCACUAUACUUAUCUGGCAAAAUUAAGGCGUUUGAUCGCAAAGGUCACGUGGCAAAACUUUGCAUCGUGAUUCUUCCUCUUCUUCUUGCUUCGCUUGUUGGGAUUUCUAGAAUAGACAACUAUCGACACCACUGGGAGGAUGUGUUUGUCGGCGGCCUGAUUGGAUAUAUCAUGGCAGUGCUGUGCUAUCUGCACUUUUUCCCUCCUCCAUAUCACCAUCAAGGUUGGGGGCCCUAUGCAUACUUCCACAUGCUGGAGGAGCUUGAGGCAGGCAAUUCAAAUAAUGCACAAAACCAACAGUCUGCAGGUCAGCAUCAUAUCGGAUUGACCGGCCAACACCAUAACGGGAGAUCAAGAAAUGAUUUGGAAUCUGGAAGUGUGUAACUCACCCCUCUGUGGAACCGACUAGCGUACCUUGUACAGUAAGCAUGCCUUAAAAACUUCUUUAUGUGUGCACUUAGCAAGUAUUAGGUGUUUAGAACUAGAUAUGUGCUAUCUCCACCUCAGGUUUAUGCCUGUUCAUCUUGUGUACAAAGAUCACUCGCUCAGUAUAUUCUGACCUAGUUGUUCUAGGGCCACCUGUUGUAUCUAAAUCAUGUGUUAACAUCGUAGACCAUGUGAGUGGCCGGUGGAAGUACUGAGUACGAACUUAUUCCGCUGUUAAA